AUGGAUUCAGACGAUGAACAAUUCCAACAAACGGUAGAUCUGGAGUUCCAAAACCUUGUUGCAGCGGUGCAACAUGAAGCCGACGAGGCGGAAGAUGCGGCGGCGGCGGCGGUGGCAGUCCCUCGGCCAUUCUAUCAUCGGCGGUAUUUCGACCGCGAUCAUGCCGGGGCUGACCGCCGGUUGAUGGAAGACUACUUCAACGAGAACGCCCGUUAUCCGCCAGAGGUUUUCCGUAGGCGAUUCAGAAUGUCGCAAAAUCUCUUCAUCCAUAUAGCGCCGUGUUUGGCGCAGCGGUUCAAGUGCUUCAACUUGCGAUAUGAUGCCACCGGUCGACUCGGCUUGUCGACAUACCAGAAAUGUACGAUGGCAAUUAGGCAGCUUGCCUGUGCCGAGCCCGCUGACAUGUUCGACGAAUACCUACAGAUGGGCGAAACGACUGCCCUACAGACGUUGAGGCAGUUUUGCAGGGGCAUUAAGGAUAUCUUCAAAGGGGAGUAUCUACGGAAGCCAUCGGCCGAUGAUUGCCAGAGAUUGAUUGAUAUGCACGGGACUGCACAUCAUUUUCCAGGGAUGUUGGGGAGCAUCGAUUGCAUGCACUGGGAGUGGAGGAACUGUCCGGUGGCUUGGAAGAGACAGUUCACUUCUGGUUUCAAAGGCAGACAUCCCACGAUGAUUCUGGAAGCCAUUGCUGAUUACCGCUUGCGAAUCUGGCAUGCGUAUUUUGGGGUUUCUCAAUUUGGUCGCAUUCAAAUUGUAGCAGAGCUAACAAUUUUGGAGCUAGGGUUCAAUAAUUCAUAUGUAUGGUCGUCGUUCUAUAAUUCUUUCUGA